GGCAACAUCUACAAGCUCGAGGAUUCGGCGAUGUUCUCGCCUGAUCUGGAGAACGACAAGCCCUAUGUCGGCAUCAUCAAGGGUAUAAUUGAAGUUGAUGGGAGCUUAUCCGUAAGUGCUCAGUGGUUUUAUAGACCAGAAGAAGCCGAGAAAGAGGGUGGUGACCCAAGGGAGUUAUUUUAUAGUUUUCAUAUUGAUGAAGUGCCAGCAGAGUCAGUUAUGCACAUGUGUGUGGUCCAUUUCAUUCCUGAGCACAAGCAGGUGCCAAGUAAAAAGGAACACCCUGGAUUCAUUGUCCAACAGGUGUAUGACCACAGAGAGGAGAAGAUGUAUAAAAUAACGGAUAAGGACUAUGAGGAUGACAAGCAGCAUCAGAUUGAUCUCCUUAUUAUGAAAACAAUAGACCGUAUUGGGAGGCUUCCAGAUCGUGAUCCUGAAGAUAUACCUGGUGACAACACUGAUAAAUUAUCAAGACGAGGCUUGCGGAAGAGACCUCUGAAGCCUAAAGAUGUUCCAAGAGAUGCUUCUACAGGCAUAUCUGAGCAAUUCAGAAGAGAAGAUACACCCGUGAAUGAUAAUCUGAAGUAUUUUGCCAUCCUUGUCAGACAUGAAGUGAUUACUGGUAACCAGUAUCGUGAUUGGUGGCUUGAUAAAUUUGUAGACACUAUUCUGGCACUCCCUCAUUCAAGAAAUGAUAAUGAAAAUUCUUAUGCACCUAAUGAGGUUGUUCCAAUAGUAGCCUCCUUAGAAAGAUCAACGUUUGAAGCUCUUCAUGCAGACUACCAUAAGUAUAACCAGAAAAUGAGAACAUUAUUGUUCAAUAUCAAGAAAAGCUCUGUACUGUGCAAGCGACUAAUGGACAAGGCGCUUGAUCCUCCGGUUCUGUUAACGAUGACCCCUGACGAACUAAAGGCUGGGUUGACACCAGCAGAGAUAGCGUCUGAAUCAGAAGAAUCAAGGCAGCUGCAGAUGACUGAGGCCCGGUGUAGAAGAUGCACAGAAAAGAAAGUAGGCAUACUUGAUAUCAUUCAUGCCAGCCGUGGAGAUCGCUAUCAGGAAUUAGAGACUUCCCUAAAGCUCAAUUGUUGCAAAGGAUAUUUCAAAGGGUAUUGCUCACAAAGGUCGAAUGUAUUGCCUGCGGAUACACAUCAUUUGCGUCCAGAGAUGACAUCUUAAGAAAUGGCUAGCGAGAUCAGGCGAUCAGCCAGACAAGAAGCCUGCUACUGAUGCUCGCAAUGAGAACACGGAGGCUUACAUGGAGAGGCAGACCAUAGUCUAACAUGCGAAGCGGGAUGAACCCUCCCUGCGCCUGCAACUAAUCAUGGGUCGUGAUAUGUAGAAUGACCAUUCACAAAAAAAAAGAUAUGUAGGAUGACAUCAGUGUUAGGCGCCUGUUGAUGCUUGAAAAUGGCAUGAUCGCAAAAAGUUACUUGAGGUUGUAGCAAGAUAAGGUCAAAUUCAUGAUUUCAUGUCACCAUUGGAUGACUCUUCAAGCCGGUCAAAAUAGAUAUAGAGAUGGUCCAAAA